CAGCCAGCUCACACAAAUCCCCAGUAGCAUCGCAGUAGCCCUCCAGCCGAUCCAUGAGCGUGACCGUCGUGCUCGGGUCGCAGUGGGGCGACGAGGGCAAGGGCAAGCUCGUCGACAUCCUCGCUGCAGACGCGGACGUCUGCGCGCGCUGCGCAGGCGGAAACAAUGCCGGACACACCAUUGUCGCCCCUGUCGGGCCCCAGGGCACGCGCACGACUUUUGCGUUCCACCUGCUCCCUAGUGGUCUCGUGAACCCGAAAUGCGUUGGCUUGAUCGGCUCGGGUGUCGUUGUGCACGUUCCGUCGUUUUUCGCAGAGCUGGAUGCGCUACAGGGCCAAGGCCUCGACUGCACGAACCGCUUGUUCAUCUCAGACCGCGCGCACCUCGUCUUUGACUUCCACCAGAUCGUAGACGGCCUGAAAGAGGUCGAGCUCGGCGGGUCGAGCAUCGGUACGACGAAGAAGGGCAUCGGCCCGGCGUACUCUGCCAAGGCCUCGCGUUCUGGUCUGCGUGUGCACCACCUGUUUGACCACGCCACAUUUGCGGAAAAGUUCCGCAAGGUCGUUGAAGGGCGCUUCAAGCGCUAUGGACACUUUGAGUAUGAUACUGAGGGUGAGAUUGUGCGCUACAAGGCACUCGCAGAACGCCUCAAACCGUAUGUUAUCGACAGUGUGGUGUACAUGCACCAGGCGCUCUCCACGGGGAAGCGGGUGCUUGUCGAGGGAGCGAACGCGCUGAUGCUCGACAUCGAUUUCGGGACGUAUCCGUUUGUGACAUCGUCGUCGACCACGAUCGGCGGGGUGUGCACAGGUCUGGGCAUCCCACCGAAACUGAUCGGGACAACGAUUGGCGUAAUCAAAGCUUACACGACACGCGUAGGCGGGGGACCGUUUCCGACCGAGCAGUUGAAUGACAUCGGCGUGCAUCUGCAGGAGGUGGGGCGCGAAUUCGGUGUUACGACAGGCCGGCGUAGACGUUGUGGCUGGCUGGACCUCGUCGUGAUGAAGCACUCAUGUCUCAUCAACGGGUACGAUAGCCUGAACCUGACCAAGCUAGACAUCUUAGACGACCUUGAGGAGAUCAAAGUCGCUGUCAAGUAUCUUGUCGACGAGAAGGAGCUUCCAGGCUUCCCAGCUGAUUUGGGAGUACUCGCUCGAGUCGACGUUGUAUACGUGACGUUACCUGGGUGGAAGACGUCUAUCACGUCCGCGACAACGUUCGAGGAGCUGCCGGACAAUUGUAAGAAAUAUGUCGGGUUCAUUGAGGAAUUCUUGGGCGUGCCGAUUGAGUGGGUCGGGGUGGGUCCUGGCCGUGAAAGCAUGCUGAAGAAAGAAAGAAGAAAGCUACAGUAAAGUAUACUUAUUGCUGUAAUCCUAUAAGAGUCAGGCAUCGCGACAUGUAUUGAGUGCGCUAC